AUGGUUCCUCCCCCAGCAGAAAUCCGCAGAAAGUUGGUCAUUGUUGGUGACGGUGCGUGUGGUAAGACAUGUUUGUUAAUUGUCUUUUCUAGGGGUACGUUCCCUGAGGUGUAUGUUCCAACUGUGUUUGAAAACUACGUUGCUAAUGUGGAGGUUGAUGGCAGAAAGGUGGAAUUGGCAUUGUGGGAUACCGCUGGACAAGAAGAUUAUGAUAGAUUGCGUCCAUUGUCAUACCCUGACUCCAACGUCAUUUUGAUUUGUUUUGCUAUCGACUCACCAGACUCGUUGGAUAACGUGUUGGAGAAGUGGAUCAGUGAAGUGUUGCACUUUUGCCAAAGGGUCCCCAUCAUUUUGGUUGGAUGUAAGGCUGAUUUGAGAAACAAUCCCAACACAAUCGAGCAGUUGAGACAGCAACAACAACAGCCCGUGUCCACGUCAGAGGGACAGGCUGUAGCCCAGAAGAUUGGCGCUCAAUACUUGGAGUGCUCGGCCAGAACUAAUGAGGGAGUUAGAGAGGUGUUUGAGGCUGCUACCCGUGCGUCGCUCAAGAUCAAUCAGGUCAGUGAGAAGAAGAAGAAGUGUGUGGUGUUGUAA